ACCUGUAAAAUGGACGAAGCUGUGAAAAACGUAAUAUAUCCCGAAGAAAUCGAUUUCCACGUAAAAAGCAUCCGGACAUUCAGAAUAUCUAGCAUUGGAAGGAGUUCCUGGUUGGAUAAUCAUGAGAUUCUCAUGAAAGUGCAUCAGCAAACCAUUUUGGAAGCCAAAGAAUCCCGUGAAGAAAUCCUAAAAGACAGCUUGAUUCUAGAGGGGAAAAUAAAGGUUUUUGUUCACAAUGCCUACGCAAUUCUCAUUUGGAGGAAUAAAAUUCUUCCUGAAUUGCUGAAAGAGGGCCUUCAAGCCCCAUCAACUAUUGUCCUUUACACAAUCUUCUUCCACGAGGCCACCCUUAUUGGGCUCUUGGAAACUUUACUGUUUCACCCUGACGCCUGUGAAGCUUUGGAAGAGACAUCUCUGGAUCUGAUAGAUUACUCGGUUCAAGGGAUCAUCCGGCUAAUAGCUAUAGGACAGGAGGGACAGGAGGAAUCAACAGACGAGGAGGAGGAUAGAGAAAUUGAGAAGCAUGAGAAAAAUCUUCAAUUUCGAAUUGGACUGAGAUGUCUGUCCAUUCUCAGUUUUCUCGUAGACAAUCUGGACAGGAUUUCUCUCAGUGCAGUUGGUAGAUUGGUUGAGAUUCACGAUACUCCCUGUCUUCUGAGUGAGAUUCUACAUCUGAGACCUUGGAUGCGCUCUGGAAAACAAUCCCUGGAGAAAUUUAUCAAUGACGAAUGGAUUCCAGUGGCUGGAGAUGAGAUUUCCCGGGUGACGAAGCCAGAAGCUCAUGCAUGGUUUUGUCUAAGGGAGAUUUUGCUGAAUCCCCGUCUCUUUAACAGCUACGAGGUCAACAAUUUCCGCCAGAGAGAAAUAUCCAAAUGCCAGGGAUUGCUCAAUGAAACACUUCUGGAUCAAUUGCCUCCUCUUGCAGAUUUGAAGCAUUUCCUCGUGACCCUUGCAGUGUCCAAAGAUGUAGGCAAUCAAAAGGAGAAGAAACUCCUGCUUGAAGAACUUCCACAGAUCAAGGAUAAACUUCUGGCAGAGAUUUCAGAAGAGGGGCUCGAGAAGAUUGUCAGGGAGCAAGUUGAAGCAAUUGCUUCAACGGAUUUCAAGGAAAUUGCCGGAAAACUCAGCAAAGCUUUCAAUUUGGAUGCCAUGGAAGAUCUUGGGCAGGAAUCGCCAGCUAAAGCCUCCACCUGCAAACAAUGUGGGAUUCCAGCCACUAAGAAAUGCUCAAGAUGCCUCAGCGUCAAUUACUGUUCCAAGGAGUGUCAAGUGAAGAAUUGGAAAACCCACAAAAUAAAUUGCAAAAAAUAAUUUUUGUAUUGAAGAAUUUUUAUUAAAUAAAAUUCUUUAGCUUUGCGCCCUGAGAUGCUCCUUGAUGACAUCCAGAGCUGGAGUUUCCUCUCCGAAAUCCUUAAUGACCACCACAGAGCAGCCGCAAACCUUUCGGGGU